GAAGGCCGCUGCUUCACGAGGAAGACGAAGAUGCUCAGGCCGCUGUUUAGAACGAGCUCUUCGAAGCCCACAGCUCUCAAUUUCCUACUUCGUUUCAGUCAAUAUAGGGAGCUGCACAGUAGAAAUCGGAAGGCCAUGGAGUUGAUUGCCAAAGGAUGGAGUGCUUUGAAGGAAGUCGACAGGGUUAUUGAUUAUUGUGAGCUCAAUGAUCGCCGUCUCAUCCCGCUUCUUCGGACAGCGAAGGAAAACUUUGAAUUGGCUCUUGAAGUUGACAAUUCGAAUACCCACGCCAGAUAUUGGUUGUCCAAAUUGCAUUUGAAGUAUCACGUCCCAGGGGGAUGUAAAGCUAUAGGAGCUGCGUUGCUGGUUGAAGCAGCAGAUAUGGGUGAUCCAGAUGCACAAUAUGAACUUGGUUCUCGUUUGAGAGUCGAGAAUAAAUAUGUACAGUCAGACCAACAAGCUUUCUAUUAUCUGGAGAAAGCUGUUGACCAGCUGCAUCCAGGUGCACUUUUUCUUCUGGGUGCAGUAUAUUUAACUGGAGACUGCGUGAAGCAAGAUAUUGCAUCAGCAUUAUGGUGUUUCCAUCGGGCUUCAGAGAAGGGUCAUGCUGGUGCAGCUAUAGCAUAUGGAUCUCUUCUUCUUAAAGGUGUUGAAGUGCCCGAAUCUCUAACAAAAUUCAGCUUAAAGAAUGGUUCUUCAACCAGAAAGGCUAGAAAAAACCCAGAUGGUCCAGUAAUGAGUCCAGUUGAGAUGGCUAGAGAACAGUUUAAUGCAGCAGCAAUCACAGGGUGUGAUCUUGGGCUGAAAUGGUUAAAUAGACUCGAAGAGGAAGAAAGGAGUUUGUCAACCGAAUCCGAAUGAAGGCACAUUGUUUUUCUCAUUGUUAGAAGCACACCAGAUAGCGAAAAAGAAAAACACAUUCGGCUCCUUAAAGAAGAGUUUCAUUCAUUUUAGUACAUUAACCCUGAUUAAGGAUAUGUAAUGGCUGAUUCUUUGUGUUAGCGUAUAUAAGUAUCGGAUGGAUUCUGUUAAUAAAUAUUUUCAUAUAAGGAUGAUAGCAAAGGUAUUAGGAGCCGGAAUAAUGUGGUUGACGAUUCUUCUACAUCAAGAGAGAAUUUAUAAACAGUAUUUUGAAUUGGAGCAAAUAGAUUUCGAACUUACAUUC